AUGGUGCCUGGUUUCAACAGACCUACUCGACAAACCAACUGGUUCUAUAUCAUCAGUGGACUUUCGGGUGUCACUUUAUUCUUAAUUCUUGUAUCGGCCAUCGUGGCCUAUUUUGCCAAAAAACCACCUCAGGGCGCUGUCCAGAUUGCAGAUGAUGAAGCAGGAAAAUUAAUGUCGGAACAUACACCCACCAGUUUGAUUUUUAACGACAUUGGUUAUACCAUCAAUAGUAAAAAUAUACUGCAAGGAGCAUCGGGAAUGGUUCAGCCGGGUCAGGUCAUGGCCAUCAUGGGUCCUUCUGGUGCAGGAAAAACCACAUUAUUAGAUAUUUUGGCAAAACGAACCAAGACCGGUAAAUCUACCGGUGACAUCUAUAUUAAUGGCCAACAAGUAUCCACCACACAUUACAAGAAAUUGAUUGGAUAUGUAGACCAAGAAGAAGUCAUGAUUCCUACCUUGACUGUAUACGAAACCAUCCUUUAUUCUGCUCUCUUGAGAUUACCCAAAUCUAUGAGUAAAGCCGCUAAAAAGUAUCGUGUUAUGGAAGUCAUGCAGGAAUUAAAUAUCGAAACUAUCAAGGAUGCAAAGAUUGGUCAACCAGGCGCUAGAUCCAUUAGUGGAGGUGAAAGACGUCGUGUAGCCAUCGCUUGUGAACUUGUCACUUCUCCUUCCAUCUUGUUCUUGGAUGAACCUACCAGUGGUCUCGAUGCAUACAAUGCUUUUAACGUGGUGGAAUGUCUCGUGGCAUUGGCUAAAAACUAUAAACGUACCGUGGUAUUUACUAUCCAUCAGCCAAGAUCCAAUAUCGUUACUCUCUUUGAUCAAUUAGUACUGGUCGCAAGCGGAAGAAUUAUUUAUUCAGGUCCUCAGAAUGAAUGUCAAAAGUAUUUCAAGCAAAUCGGUUAUCCUUGUCCUCCUGGAUUUAAUAUUGCAGAUUAUAUGAUUGAUUUAUCUAUGGGUGCUGUUCGUAGAAUUCCAAACCAACCUACACCUGCUGUUCAAUUGGAUGAAGGUGAGUUGUUUGCUCCUCCCAUUCGUACAACUCCCUUCUUCAGUGAUGAUUUGGAUGAUACGACACAACAAUGGGCGUCCGAAUUAACGAGACAGCAAGAGGAUGACCCGUUGGUCACAAAUGUACCAAAUAUCGUUGUGGAGGAAGCACAGUCUGAUGGACUGACAUCUCAUUUAAGACAGCUUGUCGAAUAUUAUGAUCAUAGUCUGAUUGCAAAUGCCUUGAAAGAGAAUAUUCAAACCGCAUUGACUUCUUCUAGUGAAGAUGAUGAUUCGUCUAGCACAAAUACCAUUAUAGUUUGGAAGAAACCAGGUCCUAUUGCUGCCUUUGCAAUUCUUUCAGAUCGUACCUUUAAGAACCUGUAUCGUAAUCCCAUGUUGAUGUUCAGUCAUUAUGCUGUCGCUGUUGUCCUUGCUCUGGUUUGUGGUGGUUUAUUUUAUCAAGUGUCAAAUACAAUUGCAGGUUUCCAAAAUCGAAUGGGAUUAUUUUUCUUUUAUGAAGCUUUGUUAGGUUUCAUGUGUCUUACCUCGUUACAAGCUUUCUCUCAAGAACGUAUCCUGUUCGCUCGUGAACGUGCCAAUGGGUAUUAUUCACCCACAACAUACUUUUUGUCCAAGAUCCUGUUUGAUAUCAUUCCAUUGCGAGUGGUCCCUCCCUUGAUGAUGGCAAUAAUUUCAUAUUCGAUGGUUGGACUCGUAGAAGAACCCAUUGUAUUCUUCAAAUUUUUGCUUGUGUUGAUUUUGUUUAAUUUGACAGCGGCUGCUUUAUGUUUAGCUAUUGGUAUCAUUGUAAAGAACAUUUCGUUGGCCAACUUGAUUGCAUGUAUGGCGAUUUUAUUCAGCAUGUUAUUUGCAGGCUUAUUAUUGAACAAGGAUACCAUGUCUCCUUAUUUCAGUUGGCUCAAGUACCUUUCGUUCUUUAAUUAUGCGUUGGAAGCGAUGUUGGUCAAUGAAUUACUAUAUCUGCAAUUGGUAGAAGAACGCUUUGGCCUGAAGAUCGAUGUUCCUGGUGCCACCAUCCUGUCCACCUUUGGUUUUAACGCAAAGAAUUAUUGGCCAGAUGUGAUUAGACUCUCUUCCAUGUUUUUGAUAUUUAUAUUUGCUGCUUAUCUUUGGCUUGUAUUCUUUGUAAAAGAAAGAAGAUAA